CUCCUCCUGGUUCUCCUCCUGCUGGUGUGUACCGAUGCCGCAGUAGCGACUGCCUCUCUGCCCCGUAUAGAUUUUCAAUUAGUCCGCGCGGAACGUGGAAAAUAAUGUGCCGCUCCGACACCUGCUGACCAUCCCCGAAGGUCGCUCGCGUCCCGGAUCCCGGUCGACGUGUCUAUCGCGCGUCGUUCCCCGUUCGUCGUCGUCGUCGUCGUCGCGCACCAUCGUCGUCGUGACCUGGUGGAUGGACAAAUUGGAGAGGGUGUGGGAUCGAUUUCCUCCGUCUCGUGUGCGUGUGCAGUGUUGAAAAAGGACAGAGAAUGGGCGAACAGUGACAAGAUCUUCGAACGAUCCACACGGGUCCAUGGGAUCGUCAGAGAGGAUGCCGUUCCCGGUGAAUCGCAGGACCCCGUUGUCCAGUAUCAUCGCUAUCUCUGCGUUCAUGCUGCAUUCAGGUAUUGUGGCCCUUCGAAUGACAGCCCUGCAAAUACCGCAACACGUUGUUCUGAACGAGACGGUCCGUAUGCAGUGCAACUUCAAUUUGGAUAAAGAACUAUUGUACUCUGUGAAAUGGUAUAAAGACGGCCACGAAUUUUAUCGUUACGUGCCGAGGGAUGUGCCAAUGGUUCAAACCUUUCGCGUUCCUGGUGUUGAUGUGAACACGCAUAAUUCCACGGAAAGAUCGGUGGUUUUGAACAAUGUGAAUCUUACUAGCUCAGGAAGGUAUCGAUGCGAGGUGUCUGCCGAGGCUCCAGCCUUUCAGACAGUGUCUGACCAUGCAGACAUGACGGUAGUAGUACUUCCUGACGAAGGGCCACGAAUAACCGGUGGCCGUUCGCGCUAUCAAGUCGGCGAGAUCGUUCGAAUGAACUGUACGUCCGCGCCCUCAAAACCGGCCGCUUUAUUAACUUGGUUCAUCAAUGGUGAUCAGGCCGAUAAUCAGUACCUGAAGGGACCACACAUUACCGCUGUGGACGAGAAAGGAUUGGAAACCGCGGUAUUAGGCUUGGAGUUUCGCGUCGCCAACAAACACUUCAAGCGUGGCGACAUGAAGCUGAAGUGCUUGGCGACAAUAGCGACCGUCUAUCUGCAGAGCAAUGAGGAGAGCGUGGAAGGAGACGAGAGGAUCCUGAAAGCUCCCGUGAUGGAGAGCCGCGAGACCAGGGCACAGAGCCACACUCGGAACGAUUUAAUCAAUGGAAGUCAAACAGCCACGAUAUUCAACCGGAUGAUCGUUUUUCUGAUCACAGGAAUCAUCCUAGCGCGAUAAUAACAACAAUUGUUUUUCACGUUGCUUCCUAAGAUUAAAACAAAUACGUUAGAAGAUUGUUCCCAUUGUAUCUAAUACUAAUUUUUAAGCCGCAUAAUCGUAAUUAAAUAUCAUAUCGAUAAACAUGAUAAGAGAUUGAAUGUUCGGUUGAACGUGAUUGACGUACAAACAAUGGUAGAUCUAUCAAAAUCUUUAAUGUUUUUUCUUUUGAUUUUAAUAUAAAUAAAAUUUAAUUCACUUACUGUCAUUAAAAGAAGAUAUUAAUGUUGAUGUUAAUUUUUAAAAAAUUGUAAUAAUUUUUAAAAAUAUU